CCACGAGUGGGUUUCGACAUGCAGAGCACGGACUUGGGCAACAAGGAGAGCGGCAAGAUAUGGCACCGCAAGCCAACCCCGGCCUCUCGGGACGGAAUAAUAGUGAACAUCAUUCACAAUACUUCUGAUUACAACCCAAAAGCUUUGCGAUUUUUGAAUGUGGCUUUUGAUGGCUCAGGUGAUUGCCUAAUUGCUGGGGACCACCAAGGAAAUAUCUAUGUUUUUGACUUGUAUGGAAAUAGGUUUAAUCUUGUUCAGCGAACAGGACAGGCUUGCACAGCUCUGGCCUUUAAUCUUCGUAGGAAGUCUGAGUUCCUUGUGGCAUUAGCUGACUAUUCUAUUAAAUGUUUCGAUACAGGCACCAAGGAGCUCGUGAGCUGGAUGAGAGGACAUGAGUCAUCGGUAUUUUCCAUCUCCGUGCACGCGUCAGGCAGAUACGCCAUCAGCACUUCUUCCGAUACCGCGCAGCUCUGGGACCUGGACACCUUUCAGAGAAAAAGGAAGCUGAAUAUUCGCCAGUCUGUGGGUAUACAGAAGGUUUUCUUCCUACCGUUAAGUAACACCAUCCUCAGCUGUUUUAAGGACAAUUCCAUCUUCGCCUGGGAAUGUGAUACUCUGUUUUGUAAAUACCAGCUGCCUGCUCCACCCGAAAGCUCUAGCAUGUUAUACAAGGUGUUUGCUGUGACCAGAGAUGGCCGCAUCCUGGCUGCUGGAGGCAAAUCCAAUCAUCUGCACCUGUGGUGCUUGGAAGCCGCUCAGCUCUUCAGGAUUAUCCAGAUGCCUACGAAAGUACGAGCUGUUCGCCACCUGGAAUUCCUUCCUGAUAGUUUUGAUGCUGGUUCUAAUCAGGUUCUUGGAGUGCUGAGUCAAGAUGGUAUUAUGAGAUUUAUCAAUAUACAGACCUGUAAACUUCUCUUUGAAAUUGGGAGCCUUGAUGAAGGAAUUAGCUCAUCAGUAAUUAGCCCACAUGGCCGAUACAUUGCAUCUAUAAUGGAAAAUGGAAGUCUGAGCAUAUAUUCUGUCCAAGCUUUAACACAAGAAAUAAAUAAGCCACCUCCACCUUUAGUUAAAGUGAUUGAAGAAUUGCCCAAGAAUACAUUGAGCUCCAAUGAUCUUAAGAUGAAAAUAGUAUCAAAAAGAAUACAGCGGCCAACAAAAUCCAGAGAGAACAAAGCUCAAACUAGAAUAUUGAAACAAGGCCUGGCUGGUAAUUUUGAAAAUGAAGAGAAUGAAUUGUCAGAUGGAUUAAACAAAAAACGUUUGCAAAUUUUAUUAAAAGGCUAUGGGGAAUAUCCAACAAAAUACAGAAUGUUCAUUUGGCGCUCUUUACUACGGCUGCCUGAAAAUCACACUGCAUUUAGUAACCUGGUGGACAAGGGGACUCACGUGGCCUACCUCAACCUUCAGAGGAAGUACCCCAUCAAAAGCCGGAAGCUCCUGAGAGUGUUGCAGAGAACCCUAUCUGCUUUAGCUCACUGGUCUGUCAUCUUUAGUGACAUGCCAUAUCUUCCACUCUUGGCAUUUCCAUUUGUAAAAUUAUUCCAGAACAACCAACUCAUCUGUUUUGAAGUUGUUGCUACUCUCAUAACCAACUGGUGUCAACAUUGGUUUGAAUACUUUCCUAACCCUCCUAUCAACGUUCUUAGUAUGAUUGAAAAUGUCUUGGCGUUUCAUGAUAAGGAACUGCUACAGCACUUCAUAGAUCAUGAUAUAACUUCCCAGCUAUAUGCAUGGCCUCUUCUUGAAACCGUGUUCUCAGAAGUACUGACAAGAGAGGAGUGGCUCAAACUGUUUGAUAAUGUCUUCUCCAACCAUCCAUCCUUCCUCCUGAUGGCUGUGGUAGCCUAUAAUACAUAUUCUAGAGCGCCUCUGCUCCACUGCACUCUUAAGGAUGAUUUUGAGUAUUUCUUUCACCAUCGGAAUAACCUGGAUAUAAGUGCUGUGGUUAGAGAAGUGUAUCGUCUCAUGGAGACCACGCCUGCUGACAUUCAUCCAAAUAGCUUGCUUAGUGGUUUUGCUGCACUAACCAAAGGGCAAUACCCAGUGUUUAACCAGUAUCCGAAGUUUAUUGUGGACUACCAGACACAGGAGCGAGAAAGAAUAAGGAAUGAUGAGUUGGAUUACUUGAGAGAGAGGCAGACGGUUGAAACCAUGCAAGCAGAAGUAGAAGAGCAAAGAGCUGAGGAUGAGGCUUGGUACCAGAAGCAAGAGCUGCUUCGCAAGGCCGAGGAGACCAGAAGAGAGAUGCUCCUGCAGGAGGAGGAGAAGAUGGCACAGCAGAGGCAGAGACUAGCUGCCGUGAGGAGAGAGCUGAGAAUAAAGGAACUCCACCUCCAGGAUGCGGCGAGAAGGCGCUUGCUGCAGGUGCAGCAAGAUCAGCGUGAGGCGGAGCUCCGAAGACUAGAGGAUGAAAUUGAGAGAAAGGUUCACAUGCGGGAUCAAGAAAUUGCUACCACAGCCAAAGACCUAGAAAUAAGGCGAAUGGAACUUGAGUCACAGGAAAAGCUGUAUGAGAAGAACUUCACUAGAAAUCAAGAAGCUGUUGCCAGAGAAAUUCGAGAUGAUGCAAAUGCUUAUAGACAAAAAGUGGAUCUUGAAGAAAAAAUGUUUCAUAAGUUGGUAGAAACUGGCCAGACUCCGAACAGGAAGGCUCAAAAGGUAAUUGAAGACAGCUUGGCAAAAGCUGAACAAGCCUGCCUGAAUGCUGACUGGCAAAUUCAAGCUUUACAUAAACAGAAAUGUGACGAUGUACAGCGAAAUGAAGGGUAUCAAGAAGUAGUCAAACUCCUUCAGAAAAACAGAAGGAAAGAAACUGAAGUGCUGAACGCCAUGAUGGAGGAGGAAGCUAAGAAGUGGAAGGAAGCUGAGGAAAAAGAAUUUUACUUGAAAUCAGAAAAGAAAGCCGCAGCCCUUUCAGAUGCUUCCAGAAAAUGGUUCUUAAAGCAGGAGAUAAGUGCGGCUUUAGAACACGCUGAAAAUCCACUUCAUAAAGCUUCUUUACCUAGAAAAAUAACAGAAUGGGAUAGCAUGGAACAAAAUCUUGUGAAGAAAGUGAGAAAUCUUCGCCAGAGACUGACAGCCCAAGCUCGGAGCAGAUGUCAGAUGCCUUGUUCUUUGGUUGUGUAGUCAUGUUAUGCUAAGACAGCCUGCUUGCAAUCAACAAUAUUGAUUUUUCUAUUUACUCUAAGUUUUUAUAAAGGUCGGUCUUUUAUAUAGAAAAAUGUGUCCAUAGAAAUUAUGUUUUCUAUUUAAUCUUUUCUUUGGUUUUUUUGAGGCAGGGUCUCACUCUACCUCAGGCUGACCUGGAAUUCACUAUGUAGUUUCAGGGUGGCCUUGAACUCAGAGAUCCUCCUACCUCUGCCUCCCAUGUGUAAAAGUUUGCACCACCAUACCCGGUUUUCUAUUUAAUCUUUCAUGCUCCUUGGCUUGUAAAUGACUUGUUGAACUUUUCACAAUAAAAGUUUUUGCAAACUA